AUGGCAGUUAAUUGCACGGAGGAACAUCUCAGCAAUGCAGCGUCCAUUGUACUAUCAGUGUGGCUCUCCUUGUCUGGUUUAGCCGCUAUAACUGGAAAUGUCGUUGUGUUAUGGCUGUUCUACAAACACGAGUCUUUACGAACAAUUUCAAACCGUUUUUUAGCCUCGUUAUCCAUAGCAGACGUUCUUGUCGGCCUUGUCAUAGAUCCCGUUUGGAUUGUUAUCAAAUGUUGGAUUCAGCCAGAAGUUCAUAGCAAUUUGUUUAUGAUUACUAAAAUGCUGUGGAUUCAUACAACCGCAGCCACUACUUUGAACUCGUGCUGUGUUUCAAUCGACCGUUUUAUUGCGAUUCGGUUUCCUUUCCGUUAUCAGGACAGUUUAACCAAGAGAAGAUGCUUUGCAGUAAUUAUUUUGGUGUGGCUUAUCUCAUUGAGUCUUCCUUUUCUGAUGUUCGCGAGGGAGGGAAUGGAUCGAAAGGAACUUUUUGUGUCCAUUACAAUUACAAUAUGUUUAGUUCCAUUAUUAGUGGUCUCCUUUUGCUACAUACUCAUUUUCAAAUUAGCCAGAAAACAGUUUAGGAGAAUUUUAGAAACUACAAAUAUUCCUAACUCAGGCGAAAAUAUGAGAGUUCGGGUCAUGCAAAAUUUUAAAGCUAUCAAAACAGUCGGUUUUGUUUUAAGUGCCUACAUCAUCACAUGGAUGCCCAGUGUAGUUCUGCAGUUGGUUAAUUUUUAUUAUAUCGAAGAAAACCGUGAUGGACUUUGUAAGGUUAAAUUUGUUGUAUGGCCUUGGGUUGAGGCAAUCGCUUUUACUUCAUCAGCGAUCAACCCAUUGAUUUACUAUCUCAGAAAUAGCGACUUUCGCCGAGCUUUUCGCCGCACCUUCCAUUGGUUGCCCUGUGUUCACGAACAAGGUGCAUCACACCUUAGAGCACAACCAGAACGAAACCGGUUGAAUCGAAAUAUUGGAGCUUGUGGCAACUUAACAGCUAAGGAGACAGAAGUCUGAGGACAAUAUAUUCAAGAGAAAAAAGACUCUGCUUACGAACAAGCCUGAGCCUAGAAACCACAUAA